CUAUGGAAAUAGUCAUAUCAGCUGUUGCUUUCAUUCGAUGUAUACAUGACGCUUUAACAUAACCUCUUGCUUUGUUUUGUUAAUAUACGGCACCUAAAUUAAAAUGUCAACGGACUCGGAUAGGUAUAUUUUUGAAGCCGAAUGGUACGACAAGGUUGCGUAUACGUUGAGAAAAUUUUAUUUAUAUUAUUUUCCAUCAGACAACAGUGUUGAACUUUUUGACUUAAAAACAAGAAAAACUUUUCUUAGGCGUACAAAAUGCGAGGGAGUGGAAGCAAAGGACUUUUAUGUUGGAGCGAUUGUAACUAUAUUUUCACGAAGUAUAAAGAUUAUUAAUUUUGCUGACCAAGCAACAAAAGACAAAUUGUCGUAUCAAAUAAUCAGAGCUUUUAUAAUAGUAAAGUCAGAUGCAGUGGACAAAUUGAGCGAUAUUUUGAAUCAUGUCAACAAUCAUGAUUUUCACAUAUCAAAUAUAAAAUUGGCCAAAAUCAAUCAUGAGGAUGCCAUACAAAUUUUCAAAUCUACAAUUGGCAAAUCACCUGAUAUAGUUGAGUCCAUGACUUCUGGACCAGUGAUUGCAUUAGAAUUAUUGAGUAAAGAUGGCUCGUCUAAAUGGUGCAAAUUAUCAGCUGCUUUUAGAAAAAGUGCUUUACUCGAUGGUGUCUACAUUCCGGAUAAUAAAGAUGACAUUCUUCCCUACUUUUUUCCAUCAGAAAAAAAUAAGAGUAAAAUUAAAAAUUCAGCAAAAUUGCAACACUGUACAUGUUGUAUUAUAAAACCACACGCAGUCCAGUCUAGAUUGAUAGCUCCAAUAAUUAAUGACAUACGAAAGGCUAAUUUUGUUAUAUCAGCAAUCCAGCAAUUCCAUAUUGAUCCUGUAAAUGCUGAAGAAUUUUUGGAAGUAUACAAAGGUGUUCUUCCUGAUUAUGCAGCAAUGGUGAGUGAGUUGCAAUCAGGACCAUGUAUAGUAAUGGAGAUAACACAUAAGGAUGAAAAUUUUGAUGUUGUUAACGAAUUUAGAAAACUUUGUGGACCAAUGGAUCCUAAAAUGGCUAAACAGCUGCAUCCAAAUACGUUAAGAGCAAAGUAUGGGAAAACUAGGAUUCAGAAUGCUGUUCAUUGUUCUGAUUUACCAGAAGAUGGAUUGUUAGAGGUGGAAUAUUUUUUCAAAAUUUUAGAUAAUUAAGUGGUUUUCAUUUUGUAUUAAUGUACAAAUCCAAGUCUGUUUAAAGUAUAAAUAAAAAAUGCAUGGCAUAAUUUUGUAAGAAAAUUUGCGCUUGUAUAAAGUUAAUUAUAAGAUGUAAAAUGUAAUAAAUAUAAAUUGAAAAGAAAAUUCUGUUAAUACUUCAAAA